CACAGAAACACAACACUGAAAUAUAGCUGCUAGCAGCAAUUAACGGGGUUCACAGGAUGACAGAAAGAACACAAGAUUAGUUGGAUAACAAAGCAAGCACUCUAUCGGGUCGGAACUAUCUUCAUUUAUGUGCAAUCAGUGAAGUCAUUACCAUGUUUAUCUCUCAAUACCACAAGGAUGAUGCAUGUGAUGUUAGUCUAGUGCUGUAGGUUCGUUAUCUUUUAGUGUAGAAGAGGUAAACAUGGCGUUGAAGGUGCUGAAGGGAAUGGUCAGCGGAGCUGUUAACGAGCUCUCAUCAGCCGUUACCGGCAACAAGACGGCUGCCUCCCGGGAGCAAGUCCUGGCCGUUAAACGCGACUACAUCUCCCAGCCGCGCCUGACCUAUAGGACAGUGUCUGGAGUGAACGGGCCUCUCGUGAUUCUGGACCAGGUGAAGUUCCCCAGGUAUGCAGAGAUCGUCCACCUGACCCUGCCAGAUGGAACCAAGAGGAGUGGCCAGGUGUUGGAGGUUACAGGGUCUAAAGCCGUGGUGCAGGUGUUUGAGGGGACAUCAGGUAUUGAUGCUAAGAAGACCAGCUGUGAGUUUACAGGAGACAUCCUACGCACCCCUGUCUCUGAAGAUAUGCUGGGACGCGUGUUUAAUGGAUCAGGCAAGCCCAUCGACAAAGGCCCCACAGUGAUGGCAGAAGACUACCUGGACAUCAUGGGCCAGCCUAUCAACCCUCAGUGUCGUAUCUACCCGGAGGAGAUGAUCCAGACAGGGAUCUCUGCUAUAGACGGCAUGAACAGCAUCGCCAGGGGGCAGAAAAUACCCAUCUUCUCUGCUGCAGGACUGCCACACAACGAGAUAGCGGCUCAGAUCUGUCGUCAGGCAGGCCUGGUGAGGAAGUCUAAAGAUGUGAUGGACUACAGUGAUGACAACUUCGCUAUCGUCUUCGCCGCAAUGGGGGUCAACAUGGAGACAGCUCGGUUCUUCAAGUCAGACUUUGAGGAGAAUGGUUCCAUGGACAACGUCUGUCUGUUCCUCAACCUGGCCAACGACCCCACUAUAGAGCGUAUCAUCACGCCCCGCCUAGCUCUGACAUCGGCAGAGUAUCUGGCCUACCAGUGUGAGAAGCACGUCCUUGUCAUCCUGACUGACAUGAGCUCCUACGCAGAGGCGCUACGAGAGGUCUCAGCGGCCAGAGAGGAGGUCCCAGGUCGUCGUGGUUUCCCAGGCUACAUGUACACUGACCUUGCCACCAUCUACGAGAGAGCUGGUCGGGUGGAGGGACGCAACGGCUCUAUCACCCAGAUCCCUAUACUAACUAUGCCCAACGAUGACAUCACUCACCCCAUCCCUGAUCUGACAGGGUACAUCACUGAGGGACAGAUCUACGUGGACAGACAACUGCACAACAGACAGAUCUAUCCUCCCAUCAAUGUUCUGCCAUCACUGUCUCGUCUGAUGAAGUCAGCCAUCGGAGAGGGGAUGACACGCAAAGACCACUCUGAUGUCUCCAACCAGCUGUAUGCGUGUUAUGCUAUAGGUAAGGACGUGCAGGCGAUGAAGGCUGUGGUAGGAGAGGAGGCUCUGACGCCUGAUGAUCUUCUCUACCUGGAGUUCCUACAGAAGUUUGAGAAGAACUUCAUCGCCCAGGGAGCCUAUGAGAACAGGACUGUGUUUGAGACACUGGAUAUCGGCUGGCAGCUGAUGAGAAUCUUCCCCAAAGAGAUGCUGAAGAGAAUCCCUCAGAGCACGCUGGCAGAGUUCUACCCCCGCUUGAAGUAAUGAUGACAAACAUAGGGAUGCAUAGUGACACACACAACUCCAACCCUUCCCUCUUGCUCGGCCUCUUUGUAAAUGGUGUUGCUGUUGUAACAUUGCCAGUAGCUUCUGUACUGUACGCAUUAUCAUAGGCUAGUACUGAUACUGUCACACACAGAGGCAACCCCUUACCCGAACAGAUAGACCCGUAGAAGUAGAAGAUGCAGAUGAUGGAGACAGUGGUUUCCAAGCCAGAGAGGUUCUCUCUGACCAGCAGAGCCAAUUAGCCUGGUAAUAGGGUCUGGGAUUUUCCCUGGUCAGAUCACAUGAUCAGGAAAAUCUCCUGGCCUUGGCUGUUAGAUGUAUUGGAUGGAUAGAUGGACGGAAAGGGAGCUGGAUGAAUAGUGAAUGGUCUGUUAUAAGUCAGAAGGAUGGGGUAUUUUUAACAGGAUGUGUAGGUGUACUUUAGGUGUACUGUAGGUGUACUUUAGGCGUACUGUAGGUGUACUGUAGGUGUACUUUAGGUGUACUGUAGGUGUAGACUAGUGAAUAUGCAGUGAUGAUGCAUGUGUAUGAAAGAUGGGCUCAAGGCUAAAAGCCUAUUUCACUCACAAGUCAUUGUUUACGUUUCUAAUGGCCUUUUGUUAUGACCAUAUAAGUUGCCUGUGCGUUGCUCCUAGUAUCUUUUGCAUAGAUCAGUGCCAUUUCUGCGCCAAAUUAACCCAAAAGGCCCCUUAAUUCAUUGAACUAAAGCCAGAGAUACAACACACAAACUGCCUGUUGUUAUUAUUACCUGUUCACUGAGUGCACAAACAUUAGGAACGUCUUCCUAAUAUUGAGUUGCAACCCCUUUUGCCGUCCGAACAGCCUCAGUUCGUCAGGGCGUGGACGACAAGGAGUCGAAAGUGUUCCACAGGGACGCUGGCCCAUGUUGACUCCAAUGCUUUCCACAGUUGUGUCAAGUUGUCCGGAUGUCCUUUGGGUGGUGGACCAUUCUUGAUACACACGAGAAACUGUUGAGCGUGAAAACCCCAGCAGCGUUGCAGUUCUUUAAACACUCAGACCGGUGCUACUGGCACUUACUACCAUACCCCGUUCAAAGGCACUUCAAUCUUGUGUCUUGCCCAUUCACCCUCUGGAUGUCAAUUGUCUCAAGACUUAAAAAUCAUCCUUUUUUAACCUGAAUCUUCCCCUAAAUCAACAAUGAUUAAAGUGAAUUUAACAAGUGUCAUCAAUAAGGGAUCAUAGCUUUCACCCGGAUUCACCUGGUCAGUCUGUGCCAUGGAAAGAAGCAGGUGUUCCUAAUGUUUUGUACGCUCAGUGUAUAUGUGUCGUCUAUAUCUUUCUCUCUCUAUUCCUCUAUUGUAGCUGCUCCGUCGACACGCACGCUGUGGUUUAGUGAUGACAAUGUUGUUAUUUACGGUGAAGACUUCUAGAGUAGACAGAUGUACUGUACUUAUGUAUGUGUUCCUCCUAUAUCUUUUGGUAAAUGUUCUGUUUCGGCAUUUAUGGUUCGUGUCGUUUUGGUCUAAAUGCAGGCAUGACUGCUCAGCUUUCUGGGGUGUGUCUGUGUAAUAAAGGAAUACACACUG